UUCUGCGGUAAUUUUGUGUUCAGCAUCAAUGUGGCGAUCUCUCGCCUUGCGAACCCUAAUACGGUCGGCGGCAGCCUUCACGCCGUCAUGCUCAGCCUUCCUCCCCUCCCGCCCCGCCUCCUGCCUCGACGUGGUUCGCUUCCGAUCCGAUACCUCCGCCAAGGCGCUCGUCUUCGAGGUCGAUCUCGACCCCGAGGGCGGGUCCGGACCGAGCGAGAUUGAAGUCCUGCGGAGGCACCGCAUCGUUGACGAACUUAUGCACUUCAUGGUCGUCAGCCAGUUCGCCCCCGAUUGGCUUCCGUUCGUCCCCGGCGGAUCCUUUUGGGUUCCGUCCCAGAAGCCACGCCCCCAUGUCUCCGAGGUCAUCACCAGCUUUGAGCAUGUCAGUAGUGAGGAUUGGAAGCUCAGAAAACCGCUCUCGAAGGAGGAGGAGUUGUCAUUCACCACCGAAAGGGGUUGGCCCUCUUCAGCCUAUUUUUUCGAGGGUCCAUCAUCUUCACAAGCAAAGAGACCACAAAAAUCUGCCGAGCCACAAACUGACGAUGAAGACAACUGACUCUCAUCCAAUACUUACAGGGAGUGACCUACCAGGAUAAGCAUUAUCGGGCAAGGAAUUAUAAUUGAAAUUUAUUGUAUAAAACAAUACAUCAUACCUCGUUGUGGUGAAAUUUGAAGGAGAGAAACCAUUGGAUGAAGGAAUUCGUCUCUUGCUGCAUGUGAGAAGGUUACAAUGAUGAAUGAUUUUCGACGAUUCCACAAAUCAAAUCCCGUCGUCU